UCCAAACUUUCACCAUUCUCCAUUUCAAAAGCAUAAUAAACUCAAACAUCUCCAAUGUCCAGAAAUCAAAUGAGCUCUCCAGAGAAUGAAGAUUUCUUUGAUCCUCUACCAGACUCACUUCUCCUCCUCAUCUUCAACAAGUUGUGUGAUUCCAGGUCUCUCGCUCAGUGCCUCCUAGUCUCCAAGCGCUUCUCUUCUCUUGUCUUCCAGGCUGAUAAUGUCUUUCUUUCCAUCCCCACUCCAAAACCCAAAUCAGCAUCAAGCCACAGGAAUAGAGCAUCCAGGAAUCUUUUGAGGACUCUUGUCCAUAAGUUCAUUGCCAAGCCACUCCAAUUCUUUCCCUGUGUUGCAGCUCCCAAGUCACCUGGAAACUCAGGUUGUAUCUCAUACUAUUCACCUAAUGAAGUUCUGAAGCAUUUAAAAAAUGUUAAGUCUUUGCACAUAAAGGUUCCUUUCCAGUGUGAGAAGAUAGGACUGGAGUGUUCUAAUUCAUUGCUCAAAUGGCAGGCAGAGUUUAGUGGGGAGCUAAAGAAUUGUGUUGUUCUUAGUGCUACAUCUAUUCAAGAAUGUAAUUGCUGCAUUAACCAUGUAGAAGAAGGAGGAGGAGGAGGCACUGUUGGGCAAGUUCUAAAUGAUGAUGAAUUGAAGUUGCGAAUCGUAACGACGAUUUCUUGCUUGAUUGCUGCAUCUGCAAGGCACUUGCUGUUGAAACAGAUUUUAGCAGAACAUCACAUGCUUGAAAAUGUUACAAUCAGUGAUGUCAACAAGCAAGGAAGGUUGUGUGUAGGAAAAGAUCAGAUUGUUGAAAUGAGAAACGCAAUGAAGUCAUUGGCGGUAUCAGAAUCAUCAUCAUCGAUAGAGAGGACUCCAGUACCGGAUUUGAGCAUGAAGCUAUGGUAUGUGCCUGUGCUAGAGUUGCCGGCGACAGGGUACUUGAUGAAAGGAGCAACACUUGUUGUGAUCAAACCUGUUAAUGGGGUCACUAGAAAAGGAAGCAACCAAAGUGAUUCCUUCGAUUUCGACGGGGACAAAAGCGAAAAGAUGGCUUUUGUUGAAGCUGCAAGGAUGAUGGUGAAGAUGAAGAAGAGCUACGCAAUGACUAUGAACUCCUUUUGAGUUGUGAAGUUCAGACAGUGGAUUUCGUAAAUUAAAUUACAUUGGUUCAUCAUUAAUUGUAUUUAAAGUAAAUCCUACAGUCAUUUACAUGCCAUUGUACUGUAAGUUAGCAAAUCACAAGAUUAGCAAGUCAUAUGGAACUGCCACAACUUUUCUAAAAGGGCCAUGGACGGAUAAGGUUCAGCUUCCACCAUUGGAACCCACCAUACAGCUAACGAUGAUGUUGCUCCAUUUGAAUAUUGCGGCAAAUUUGACUAUGAAUGAAAGAUGGCAGAGUAUUUAAGAGAAA